AUGGAUGGACCUUCGUUUAUGGUAAAUUUGGUGAAACCGGAAGAACGAGAUGCAUUCGUUUGUGCAAAGAAACAUUACAUGAGCCUAGAUGCCAAACAUUACAAUAGAGCGAACCCGAAAGCUAAACCGAAGCAGAAAAAGAAACUUUCGCGAAAGGAGAUCAAAGAAAUGGGUCUGUACAGUUUACCACACAACACGGUAAAGUACAAAGACGCAUUGAAGCUUCAUAAGAUGUGGUGUGGAUAUUACGAUACACUCUUCCCGUCAGACGAACUGCCGGUCGUGACAGAAUCUAGAUAUAAUACGGUCGUGGCUAGCUUGUUGAAGGCAGACUAUCAUGGAGCAAAAAUUCACAUCGUGCGAUCGAAGCAGUCCAGCGUAGUAGGAAUGAAAGGAAUCGUAGUACUGGACACGAAAGGAACCUUCAAAAUGGUGUCGAAGGACAACAGGCUACGCACCAUACCAAAAAAUGAUUCUCAGUUCGAAGUAACGAUUCGCGACAAGGUAGUCACAAUUUUCGGUAGACAUCUAAACGCUCGGCCCGCCGAGCGUUCUGUGAAAAAAGCAAAAACAUUUUCACUUCCUGAUCUAUAAAGGAAACGAUAAUGAACAUCGAUACGGUGCAUGUCAACUGCUGUUUCGAAGAAAUUGGGAUCGUUCUAAUUCUUCACAUAACUUUUCUUCCAAAAGAAAACCAUGCAAAUUAUUAUUAGCUUGUAUUAGAUAAGUUUAGUCAAGGAACGAUGCAUUUACUGUUUCCAUAUGGCAUUACAAUGCAUUACCAUUGAAUUUAAGGAAAUAAACGCAAAGAAUCGCAAAAUUAAAUUGAAGUGACUGCUUGCGCUACGGCCCAAUAGAUGCCGCUUCUGUUUGGAAUUUAAAAUUUUCCAAUUUUAUUACAGGAUGAUAAAAAUUAUAAUGCAAGGAUUGAAAAUAUGUUUAAAUGUCAUAUUAAACAAAUAACAAAACUCCUACAAUUGUUUACAGUUUGUUGUGUAUUUAUUGCAUUAUGUAACACGCUC